AUGAAAGGUCCAAGUCGCAGCAGCAGCAGCCCAAGCACCAUCAGUGAGGACGUCAUUAUUAACGGUCACUCUCAUGAAGACGAUAAUCCAUUUGCAGAGUACAUGUGGAUGGAAAACGAAGAGGAAUUCAACAGACAAAUAGGAGAGGAAUUGUGGGAAGAAGAAUUUAUUGAAAGCAGUUUCCAAGAAAUGCGGGAGGAGGAAGAAGAACAAGAGUGGUUUAUUCCAGCUCGAGAUCUCCCACAAACUAUGGACCAAAUCCAAGACCAAGUUAAUGACCUUGUUAUCAGUAAUGGCUCCUCUCUGGAAGAUCUUGUGGUCCAGAGCAAUCUGAACCCAAAUGCAAAGGAGCUUGCUCCUGGGGUGCAGCACUAA